UCUGCAGCUUACCUCUGCGACCAUCCAGUCUUCCUCCGGCGUCUCCCGAACGCGGCUACGAGCCCGCCCCCCGCCCCUCCCUUUCUCCUGAUCGCGCAUCGCAGCCGGCAGCCUUUUUCUUCCUCUCUUUAUUUUCAAGGCUGCAGGAGAAUGGCAGGAGGAUUCAGAGUGCUUCAUCUAGUUAGACCAUUUUUGGCUUUCUUGCCUGAAGUUCAGAGUGCUGAUCGUAAGAUUCCAUUCAGGGAAAAGGUUAUCUACACUGUUAUCUCGCUCUUUAUAUUUCUGGUCUGCAGCCAACUUCCACUUUAUGGCAUACACUCAACCACGGGAGCGGAUCCUUUUUACUGGAUGCGUGUUAUUCUCGCAUCAAAUCGUGGAACUGUUAUGGAGCUUGGAAUUACUCCAAUUGUGACUUCAGGAUUGGUGAUGCAGCUUCUGGUUGGUUCCAAGAUCAUUGAAGUCGACAACAGUGUACGAGAGGAUCGUGCUCUUUUAAAUGGUGCACAAAAAUUACUCGGCAUUCUAAUUGCUAUUGGAGAGGCAGUUGCAUAUGUUCUAUCUGGGAUGUAUGGCAGUGUCAGUCAACUAGGAACUGGGAAUGCUAUUCUUAUUAUACUUCAGCUUUUCUUCGCAGGCAUCAUUGUCAUCUGUUUGGAUGAACUUCUCCAGAAAGGAUAUGGUCUAGGAUCUGGUAUUUCUUUGUUCAUUGCUACCAAUAUCUGUGAAAAUAUCAUUUGGAAGGCAUUUAGCCCAACAACCAUCAACAGUGGGCGUGGUGCCGAAUUUGAAGGUGCUGUGAUCGCCUUAUUCCACCUACUGAUAACUCGUACAGAUAAAGUUCGUGCUCUUCGUGAGGCUUUCUACCGACAAAAUCUUCCAAAUGUGACCAACUUGCUUGCUACAGUUCUGGUCUUUCUCAUAGUUAUAUAUUUCCAAGGGUUUCGUGUUGUGUUGCCUGUGAGGUCAAAGAAUGCCCGUGGACAGCAAGGCUCUUACCCUAUCAAGUUGUUUUACACCUCUAAUAUGCCCAUAAUUUUGCAGUCAGCUCUUGUCUCCAACCUGUACUUCAUCUCCCAGUUGUUGUACAGGAGGUACAGUGGAAAUUUCCUUGUAAAUCUUCUGGGUAAAUGGAAGGAAUCCGAGUAUUCUGGUCAAUCCAUCCCUGUAGGGGGUAUAGCUUACUACAUUACAGCACCAUCAAGCUUGGCGGAUAUGGCAGCAAAUCCAUUCCAUGCACUUUUCUAUAUAGUUUUCAUGCUCUCAGCUUGUGCACUUUUCUCCAAAACUUGGAUAGAAGUCUCUGGAUCAUCUGCAAGGGAUGUGGCCAAACAGCUUAAGGAACAACAAAUGGUAAUGCCCGGCCAUCGAGAAUCAAAUUUGCAGAAGGAACUGAACAGGUACAUCCCAACUGCAGCAGCUUUUGGUGGCAUGUGCAUUGGUGCAUUGACUGUUCUAGCAGAUUUUAUGGGCGCAAUUGGUUCUGGAACCGGAAUCCUGCUUGCUGUUACGAUCAUAUAUCAAUACUUUGAGACCUUUGAGAAGGAGAGAGCCAGCGAGCUUGGGUUCUUUGGCCUCUGAUCUGAAAGGUUUUAUACUCGAUGCUUCGUGGCCCUUACAGCUUUCAGCACAGUUUUCUUCAGUUAGUUAAUCUUAGUCACAAGUCUAGUGCUACGUAACGGAAGUUUAAGCUGUUUGCAAAUCUUCCUUCGGCCAAUCAAAGAGCAUUCUAGUCCGUAAAUGUAACACUAGUGAUGGAUAGACCAUCUACUACUUGAAUAAUAUUAUUGCCAGCUUACUUCGCUUGAAU